AUGGCUGAAGAGGGCAAUGAAGAAAUCUCCCAACUCGUGAUCGAAGAUGAAGAGUCGCCCAUAGAUUUAACGACAGAAAAAGAACCACAAAUUGGACAAAAAUAUAAAGGGACAAAAAAAUUUGACAAACUUAAUUUAUCUGAGGCAGAAAUAGAAGAGAGAAGGCGCUCAGCAAACUUCAUGGAAAGACGACGAAUGAAGAAAAUGUCGUCUGCGUUAGCGGACUUGAGGAGAUGUAUACCCCAGCAGUACCAUUUAUAUCAUAGACGUAUGUCUAAAAUACGAACAUUGAGAUUGGCUAUUGCUUACAUCAAAGCACUAACAGAUAUGCUUGUAAAGGACGACCAAAGACGACAAGUUAUGGCAAUGUCUCAGGCGACAUUUCCUGCCUUGGGGAUGCGACUUCCCCAUGAGCCAUUCUCGCCUUUAAGAAGCAGCAUGAUUAUCGCAGCUUAUGCGGCUCAUGGAGCACAAUCUCCCAGACGACAGCUGAUGUUUUCCCCGGAUACCCGUACCAAGGAUAUUCCAAGACCCUUUCAGACACCUGAAACCUGUCAACAUCCAGCGUACCAAACUCCCGUCAGCCACCCGUUAUUUGGACAAUCUUUCGUCCAGAAUUCCAUUUCUAAUAAGCCAGCAGCAAAACAUACAUCUGAUCCGGAGGACAACAAAGAAAAAUCCCAGUCCCUCUUGUUCGCCAAAUACACGGCAUUUCCGGAGAAUCCACCCAGAACUUUGCUUCAUAUUGGAAUUCCUCUUGAGUCUUCGUGCCGAUAUGCCACAGAACUGGAUGGAGUAUGUCCCCUGCCAGAGGAAUCCGAUGAUGCUCACGGAGAGCGCUUAUGA